GAAUGAUUUGUCAAAUGAAUAGUGGAAAAUUUUGGAAUAACUAAAAUAUUCCUGAAUUUGAUCAUAAUGAGAUGAAGAAAGGUUUAAUCUCAAAUUUCUAUAAAUUUGGCAAACGAUUGGGCCAGAAAUGUUUACGCAAGUACAUCCUAAUUCGACAAUACUUGUUAUAUUCAAAUAUUGGGAAUUACUAGCACAUCAAAGGUAGUGUUAGAUUGGAUGGAGUCUAUGCAUCAUUUUAACUCUCUAAUACAGAAUCUCAAAUAUAUCUAAAAAAGAAUGGACUUCAAAUUGUGUUAUACACCGAUGAUGCAAAUCAAUUUGAGACAUGGGCCAAACUUCUAUCAAAUCGCUGCAUACUUACAACAUUUCAUGAGGAUAUUACAUUGGGGAAUCUGAUCGGAAAUGGGAGCUUCUCAACAGUAUUUUUGUAUUCUUAUAAGGUCUAUGAAGGCAGAAACAAAGAAGGAGAUCUAUUCGCAAUUAAGGCAAUACCUAAGAAGAAAUCAAAAUCAUUCGCAAUUAAUUAGUAAUACGAAGAGCAGUUGCUAAGCGAGAUUUCAAGUUUAAGAGAAAUAGACCAUGCAAGCAUUUUAAAGCUGCAUCGGGUUUAUGAAACAGCUGAAAAAUUAUAUUUAGUUACUGAAUUUAUUUAGGGCUAUGAAUUAAUCUCAAAAGCUACCAGCAAACUUGUCUUUUAAGGAAGUGAACUGAAAUGCUUCAUUCAUCAAAUGCUAUUGGCAAUCAAAGAGAUACAUCAACAUAACAUCAUGCAUAGAGACAUUAAGCCAUAAAAUAUCCUAUUAAAAAAUGGCCAGCUAUCUUAACCAAUUCUUAUCGACUUUGGACUGGCUGUUAGUACUGAAAAAAAGGAAUUGCCAUUUCCAUCUUGUGGAUCUCCUGGGUAUAAUUCAGUUUUAUUUUUUAGCUAUUCAGCUCCGGAAAUAAUAAGAUUUGAUGAAACCAAAAAAUAAUACAGUGGAAAGUGUGACAUCUUCAGUUUUGGUAUCACCCUUUUUGUUAUGUAUUUCCAUUCAAUAAUUUUAGACUCUAUGGAUACAACCCAUUCAAGACUCAAGAUUAGAAGUAAACACUCAAGAGGAAUGCUGAUGCCUAUUUUGAAUUCCCUAAUUCUAAUUACCCUUAGGAAUGUAAAUACUUUAAUCAAUCUAUAAACAGUAGAGCAUUUGAUCUUAUUAAUGACUAAAAAAUAUCCGAAAGAUAGAAUCACUCCUGCAUAAGCUCUUACUCAUCCGUUUUUUCAGACCUAGCUCUAUUAAACUAUACAAUUACCUAAAGCCAUCCUUUCUAAAUAGCAAUAUGAAAUGAGCUAGAACUAUAAUAAGAUAAAUGUUCAUGCGAGUUUGGAGAUGGACAGAGACCUUGGUUUGAAUUAUGGCAUUCAUCUAUUUAGUUCAUCUCCUUAAAAUCUUAAAAAACUUACUUAAGUUGGUAAUUCUAAUCAUUUAAAAUAAAUUGAUGAAUUUAAAUUAGACUAUAUAGUAGACUCUGUUGAUCUAACUCAUAUAGAGAAAUUAAAAAUGGGUCAAAGUUAUUUUUCUAAUUAGAAGUUAAAAAUAAGCAUUUAAAUUUGA